CGACACAGCAAAGCACAUACUCUCUCUCACAGACCAUCUCACACAUAAUCACAUGUAAUGUACCAACUCGGUCAAAAAGUCACCUCCUUUUUUUUAUAAGAGACCCAAACUCUCCGCACAUCUUGCUUUGCGCUCUUCUCUCUCUCUCUCUCGCGUACACGCAAAACCAUAUUAAUCCACCAUGGGAAGAUCUCCUUGUUGCGAGAAAGCCCACACAAACAAAGGAGCUUGGACCAAAGAAGAAGACCAACGUCUCAUCGACUACAUCCGUAUUCACGGCGAAGGUAGCUGGCGUUCACUUCCCAAAUCCGCAGGAUUGUUACGGUGUGGUAAAAGUUGUAGAUUGAGAUGGAUUAAUUACCUUCGUCCUGAUCUCAAACGUGGCAAUUUUUCUGAUGAAGAAGACAAAGUUAUCAUCAAACUCCAUAGCUUACUCGGCAACAAAUGGUCAUUGAUCGCGGGAAGAUUACCAGGAAGAACAGACAAUGAGAUUAAAAAUUAUUGGAAUACUCAUAUUAAGAGGAAGCUUCGUAGCCAUGGAAUCGACCCGCAAACUCAUCGUCCGAUCAAAGAUUCCAUCGCCGUGAUUCAUUCCAAAACGGUGCCGUCUCAGUUAUCAACCGUCGUUACUGUUUUACCUCAGAACGGGGCCGUUGACAACUCUUUUACCGUCAGACCGAAGACGGAUAUUUCCUCCGAUAACGUAGCAUCCACAAGCGGCACGACGACUGAUGAGGAUCUCCGGCAGAACGGUGAUUGUUAUUACAAUGAUAAUUCAGGAGAGAAAGAGGUUAAUCUGGACUUAACUCUUGGGUCCGGGUCAACUUCUUUAGUCAGGUCGGGUCGGAAAAGUGGAACCGGAUCAUCAGCAGAUUCAAAGCCGUGGUGGGAUCCAGUGAUGGCGGCGCGUUUGUCACUGUUGUGAUUAUUACUUCAGUUUCUUGGCCUUUUGUUUUAGUUUUGUUCAUAUAUUUUACCUUUUAAAGGCUUUUAUUGGAAAAUUUUCACCGUUGUGGUAAGAACAAAGGAAUUUACCGUUC